UUUUGCAGUGGAAAACAUGAUUAAAUUCGUCAUUCUAAUAAGCUUACUCAGCUUAUUGCUCCCGGUGAGCUUUGCUGAGGAGAAAUUAAUACGCGUUCCCAUUAAGAAAAUUAAAUCGGCACGAAAACAUUUCUACGAGGUGGGCACAGAGCUGCAACAAUUGCGUUUGAAAUAUGGAUUUGGUGGUGUUACACCCGAGCCAUUGUCAAAUUAUUUGGAUGCGCAAUAUUAUGGGCCCAUUUCCAUUGGCACACCACCACAAAAUUUCAAGGUAGUUUUCGAUACCGGCUCGUCGAACUUAUGGGUGCCAAGUAAGAAAUGCCAUUUGACAAAUAUUGCCUGCCUUAUGCACAACAAAUACGAUGCCAGCAAGUCCAAGACCUUUAAGGAAAACGGCACUGACUUUGCCAUACACUAUGGCUCGGGUAGCCUUUCGGGAUAUUUGUCUACGGAUACGGUUAAUAUUGGUGGUUUGGAUAUUAAAGAUCAAACCUUUGCCGAAGCUUUGAGUGAACCCGGUUUGGUAUUUGUUGCUGCCAAAUUUGAUGGUAUCUUGGGUUUGGGCUAUAGCUCCAUAUCGGUGGAUGGUGUUAAACCACCAUUCUAUCAGAUGUAUGAACAGGGUUUGAUAUCGCAACCCGUAUUCUCAUUCUAUUUAAAUCGUGAUCCCAAAGCACCCGAAGGUGGUGAAAUCAUUUUUGGUGGCUCUGAUCCUGAGCACUAUACUGGUGAUUUUACAUAUUUGCCCGUUACACGCAAGGCUUAUUGGCAAAUCAAAAUGGAUUCGGCAUCAAUGGGUGAUUUGAAAUUGUGUCAAGGUGGUUGCCAAGUAAUUGCCGAUACCGGUACUUCAUUGAUAGCUUUGCCACCCACUGAAGCAACAUCUAUAAAUCAGGCAAUUGGUGGUACGCCCAUUAUGGGUGGUCAAUAUAUGGUGUCUUGUGAUGCUAUUCCCAAUUUACCGAUUAUCAAGUUUGUGCUCGGCGGCAAAACAUUCGAACUUGAGGGCAAAGACUAUGUAUUGCGUGUGGCUCAAAUGGGUAAAACAAUUUGUCUGUCUGGUUUCAUGGGUAUUGAAAUACCACCACCCAAUGGCCCUCUAUGGAUUUUGGGUGAUGUUUUCAUUGGUAAAUAUUAUACCGAAUUUGAUAUGGGCAAUGAUCGUGUUGGUUUUGCUAAUGCCAAGUAAACAACAUCA